CUAACCCUGCAUGCGCUGGGCCCGUCCCUGCUCCUCCUCCACCUGUUCCCGGCCCGAGCUCGGAAGCCGCCUCGCGCGUAGCGCCGCGGAUCGCUCCGCCGCCGGCGCUUUCUCCGACGCCUCGAGAGACGCGCCGUGGCCGGCUGCAGCCGCCCCCUGCGCCGCCGAUCCUCCCUUGGCGACCGCGCCGCCUCCGCUUCCCGCGGCUCCCGACGCCUCCCCCUCGUCGCCGAGCACGCCGUCCUGGUCGGAUCCGCCCGCCGUGGCGACCGUCGACGAGCCCGCGCCUCUGGUUGCCCCGCCGUCGCCUCCUCCUGAGCGCCCCAGGGCCUCAGCCAGCAUCACCUUCAGCUCACCAAUCGCGAGCCACACUUUCUGCGACUCCGCCUUCCGGGCUCGCUCACCCUUCAGCCGGGACCGGCGCUCCUACUCCAUGGCCUCUGCCAUUUUGGUCAAACCGGUGCGGAGCUCCUCACUGAUCGUCUCAUCAACCAUCUCCCCAUCCCGCGGACGGAGAAUCUCGGGCACGCAUUCGCUGGUGGACGGAGGUCCGGUGGUCGCGAUCACUGCAUGCUCCUGCGCCGCAUUGGCGGCCUUCUCAGCUGCUUGCAUGGACUUUGUUGACACCAUCUCGACCGUCGUUCUUCGUUUGCUCUCAAACCCACGAACGGGGCUCUGAUACCAAAUGAUAGAACUCACGUCAUAUCUCUACCGAUUGAUUUGGGGAAUUAGGAUCAACUAGGGAUUGAUCCGAGGAUUUGGGGAUUUUGGAGGUGAAUAGAAUAAGGUGCUCGAGAAAGAAGAGGGGAAGGGAAGAGUGGGAAGAGAGGGAAAGGUGGCUCGGCGGCCAGAGAGAAAAGGAGAGGGAAUUUGGGAGAUUAGGUUUAGGUUCAAUCUUGCUUAGUGGCCUAAUCCCACUUACAAGUAAUAUAUAAUAAUUGGAUAAUUACCUACUACUACUACCCAACAUAUAAUUUAUUCCCAAUUCCCGAAAUGCUCCCAAUAAUCUGAAAUAGCUAUAAUCCGACAACUAAACAAAAUACUAAAAUUAUUAGUUUCUAUCAACUUUGCAUAACCACUCAAGAGUCAAAUGUAAGUGACUCACUCCUACUGUCACUCUAGGAAUUGGCCAAGUGUAACCACUUCCUAAAGCGUAGUAUAGCGGGUUGGCCAAAUGUAAGUGAAUUCGGUACAGAAUAGUGAGUUGGCUCCUCGACUAAAGUCACCAACUCCCUACCUUCAAUCAAGGAUGCUCUAUCAACCUAGGCAGAUAUUCUCAUUCUAGGUUAAAGCGGAAACAACAAGAAUUUGAUCAGGAUUCAUGUCAUUCAAUCAUUCAACCCUCAAUUGAAUAUAAUCAAAUCAUAGAAUCACUACUUGGGUUCAUACAAUCAAACCUAACAUACAAAUCUAGGGUUCUCCAUACCCAGAUGAAUGGGAGAACUACUCCUUGGAGAAAGAAGCAAAAGCAGAAUCAGACGCAGAAUUCAUACUGUGAAGGAUGGAUUCCUGCUCCUGGACGUUGAUUGGCACUCCUCCAAGCUCAAGCCAAGCUCCAAUGGUGAUGAAGAUCAAGCUAGGGCACUUGGAGACUCUUGUUCGUCGCUUUCUCUCUCUAGGAAUCGCUAUGUCUCUCUAAAACUCGAAUCCCCCCACUCUUUUGGCUGAAAUCUUCCUAAAAACCCGAUUCUGGGCAAAACACGGUCGAGGGCACGGCCGUGCUUUGCUUUUGCCCCCCCCCCCCCCCCGUGUUAAAAACACGCCCGCGCGCGUCGGCCAAAACACGGUCGUGCCUAAAUAUGGGCACGGCCGUGUUUUGAUUUAGGCGCGCCCGUGUUUUUACUGCCGAACCUGUUCCCCUAUAUUCAAUGCUUUGUUUCUCCCUUGUCCCGACUCCGAAUCAGUCGCCGUUUGAUCCCAGACGCUCGUAGUCUCGUCCUCUUUCUUUUCAUGCCAAGCUUGCAUGAUUCUUUGUCCAUAAAGUGAGGUAGAAAUCCAUUCUUCUUCAGGUCCUGCUCGAGUUUCUUCUCCCGAAUCGCCAAUUGAUCUCUGAUUGACUUGAAACUUGCGCCUAUGCUUCACUUUAUGUGCUAGGAUCUGAAAUGUGACAAAGGAACACAACCUAGCGUAAAAUAGGCCAAAGACGCGAUAAUUAAAUCUCAAACGAUCAAGAAACAAAGGGGAAAACAUGUGCAAAUAUCGAGUCAUCAAACCCCCCCACACUUAACCGUUUGCUUGUCCCCAAGCAAACCAAGUCAGACACAAGGUAAGCUCAAAACGUUUCAAUCAAGCAGGCUUUAGGGCAUAUCAUAUCGGCACAAAACACAUGGAUCAUAUUGGCUUUCGAUCAUUAACACAUGGACAACCUCAACGACAAACUAGACAACCACCACAGAUGACAUUCAAAUGCAAUAAAGUCGAGCAAAGGAAGGGUUCCCUUCUGUUCACCAACCAACAUAGACUUGACUCAACCACUUAUUCAAAACAGUCACUUCAUGCACAAAGCUCAAGAUAUCAGAAUUAAGACCGAGCAAUCUAGGUCCUCACCGGGAUAAAGAGUAUAGAGAAUA